AUGCGGCAAUAGGGCAAAGCUUUCUACUACUCGGUAAAGAACAAAGCCUCUUAUUACUUUGUGCAACUCACUCUGCCUUCAGAAGAUUCAUUAAGCUUCGUGUUCUCCAAGCAAUCAUCAUCAACAAUCAUGUCUUUGUCUUCAAGAGCCAUUCUAGUCGUUAUGUGCUUUCUGUUCUUGUCGUGUACACCACUCUUUACGUCGGCAACAACAACAACAGUUCAAGGACUUCAGCCUCGAUGUGAAUCUCACAUCUUCAACAACGGAAAACAUUACCGUUCUUGCAAGGAUCUUCCCGUGUUAGACUCGUUCCUACACUUCAGUUAUGCUCGAGAAACCGGAGUUCUCGAUGUUGCUUACCGUCAUGCCAAUCUUGAGUCUUCUAGUUGGAUCGCUUGGGCCAUAAACCCGACCAAAAAAGGCAUGUUAGGCGCUCAAGCUCUCGUGGCUUAUCGUAACUCAACAUCUGGCGUCAUGCGUGCUUAUACUUCAAACAUCAAUAGCUACGCUACUAUGCUUCAAGAGUCUCCUCUUAGCUUUCGUGUAACGCAAGUAUCCGCCGAGUAUCUUGAUGGAGAGAUGACGAUAUUCGCAACUAUGGUGCUGCCUCCUAACACAACCGUUGUGAAUCACUUAUGGCAAGACGGUCCGUUGAAGGAAGGAGAUAGACUUGGGAUGCACGCAAUGAGUGGAGAUCAUCUCAAAUCCAUGUCCACUUUGGAUUUGCUUUCCGGACAAGUCACCGCAACCAAAUCAGUUAAUGGAAACAUAUUGUUGGUCAAGCGAAUCCAUGGAUUAGUAAACACAGUGAGUUGGGGGAUUCUCAUGCCUAUUGGAGUUAUGGCAGCACGUUACAUGAAGACCUACGAAACAUUAGAUCCCACAUGGUUCUACGUACACGUCGUGUGUCAACUCACCGGAUACUUGGCCGGUCUUCUCGGAGGCCUUGGAACAGCGAUCUACAUGGCAUUGCAUACCGGGAUGAGAAGCACUGCGCAUACCGUGAUAGGGAUUUUAAUAUUCUGUUUAGGGUUCUUGCAGAUACUUGCGCUCAAAGCAAGACCGGGUAAAGACCACAAAUACAGAACAUACUGGAACUGGUAUCAUCACACGGUGGGAUAUGUGGUGGUUGUGCUAAGCGUGUACAACAUAUACAAAGGUUUUGUUAUAUUGCAACCUGGAAGUGGAUGGAAGAUCGCAUACACUGCUAUCAUUUGUGCUAUUGGAGCGUUUGCAAUUGUGAUGGAGAUCUUGCAGUUCAAGAAGAGAUGGGGUAGCUUGUUUGUGAAGAAAUCGGAAGACCUACAAGAAGCUAAUCAAAGUGCUUUUAAGAAGGAGAUUUUGAAGUUUAUGAACAGAUGGGGUGACAAGACACCGGAAGACCUAGAAGCUAAUCAAAGUGCUUCCACUGAAGUGGUCUAGUUUUAUUCCUUUUCCAUGUAGUGUCUAUAAAUGUUGCUGUCUCAGACAAUUCGUGUUGGACCAUUCUUUAUAUUUUUUUACGUGUAGACCAUUCAGUUAUAAUCAAUAAAAGUUGUUUUGGUUUAAUAAUCAAACAAGAAUUUAAAUGGACCAUAACUGUGGGGAACGAUUGCCAGUAACAUUUAAGUGAGGAACGAUUGUGUAGUUCGAGAAUUGGUUCAUAAAUAUAUUUGUAUAAAGACGAUCACUUAAUCAAAGUCCCUAAACUACCUAAACCCAUAAAGAAGGCUUUAACCUUUUUUCUGGUCAGCUUAGAAGAUGUAAAGUGUAAACGGGUUACAAGUACAGAGAAGCCAGACAAUUUGUCCAAAUCCAAUCAAAAAUAAUGGUGGUUGGAUAGAGAGAUCACUUGCUGUAUCGUUGCUUUCUCCACAGAAGACUAAAAGUUUUGGAAAGAAACCAGAAGACCUAAAAGUUGAUCAAGCUGUUUGGUCUAAAUUUUAUUAAAUUUUCUUUUACUUAGAGCAUCUCCAAAAAGAAACUCUAUUUUGAAGUUUCUAAAAUUCUAUAUUUGAAGUUUAAAGAUAUUCUUCUCCAAAAGCAAAAUUUCAAAUUUAACUUCAAAAAUAUUUAUAUUUUAUAAUAUGAUCUUUAUAUUGGUCAUAACUAAUUUGAAUUCAUAAAACUUUUAUAAAUAACUAACACAUAUAUAAACAU